AAGGUUAUUCAUCUGCUUCAAGUGAUAGAGAAAAAUUGUGAAUCUACAUUGUAACUGAAAGUGAAACUCAUAAAAGACUAAGUGUAGAUAUUACCACAAUGUCCAGUAUAUUCAAUUUAUUGAGCGGGCUCAACGAGUCUGAUAGAGGUCAAAUAAAGCCAAUUGCACGAUCUAAGACAUCUCAUGAGAUUAGACCAAAUUCUCUUAAGACAAUGGGAGUUACAAAACCAAAGGGGCUAUCAAUAAGAUCUAAUUCCGAUAUGAAUAUUUCUGAUAUACAUUCAAUCAAGAAAAAUGUAAUUGGUAAAGAACAGGAUUGUCUAAAGUUGAAAGUAACACAAGUAGACAGUAAUGGAUGUCCAAUAUCUCCAGGAAAGGCAACAUCAACAAAGAAAUUGUCUAAGACUAAAGAAUCUAAUCUGAAGGAAGAAACUAUGACUAUAAAAUGUACAAAAAAGCAAUCAAAUGAUGGUGUUUUUAAAAAGCCAUUGCCUCCUAACAAGAAUGUCAAAAGAUAUCCUGAACCAGAAAAAUUAGCAUAUUGGUACGACAGUCAACAUGAUUUUGAUUAUGGAUACAUUGAGGCUGUGGAAAAAGAAUUUAAAGAUAUGCUCUCCAAGAAGAAAGAGAAUUUAAAACAUUGCAAAGAGAAUGUGCUUAUAUCAGAUUCAGAUGCAUCACUUUUAGAAAUUCCAAAACUUAUUUUUGAUAAAUCGUAUGACAAAGGAUACGAGGAACUUGUAACUCCUGACUUACCUGAAAUAUCUGAUAUCUGAUGAUGAAAAUUUGUAGUGAUAACUAAAAGAAGUGUUACUCUUAUAAUGUAUUUUGUAUUCUUUUUUAAAAAUGGAUAUUUAAGAUCAAAUUAAUAUUAUAAUAAUUUAUUUUCUGUAAUUAAUAUAAUAUUUUUGUAGUUUCUGAUAAAUACCAUAUCAAGAACAAUAAUAAAUAUCAAAUACCAAGAACAUUAUA